CCCUCUGUGAGAAAAACCCACUGCAGUGGCCGCAAACACAAAGAGAAUGUGAAAGACUACUAUCAGAAAUGGAUGGAGGAACAAGCCCAGAGCCUGAUUGAUAAAACAACGGCUGCAUUUCAGCAAGGGAAAAUUCCACCUACACCGUUCUCGGCACCGCCGCCGGCCGGAGCCAUGAUACCACCUCCUCCCAGCAUCCCUGGCCCCCCACGGCCCGGCAUGAUGCCGGCCCCUCAUAUGGGUGGACCACCAAUGAUGCCGAUGAUGGGCCCACCCCCACCGGGAAUGAUGCCGGUUGGACCCGCUCCGGGGAUGAGGCCACCGAUGGGAGGACACAUGCCCAUGAUGCCAGGGCCCCCGAUGAUGAGGCCACCCUCCAGACCCAUGAUGGUGCCAACCAGGCCGGGGAUGACCCGUCCAGACAGAUAAAGGUGGAAAUGGAGCUGCCUUUU